UUGUUGCGAACACCAUUAUACCAAAGAAGAAGAACACAUGGAAUUAUCAUAUUCUUUCCGAAGUUUUCUGAGAGGGGUUUGCUGGUUUCAUUUGAUGUUAUUCUGCCCAGGUCAUCAACACAGCGCUGGUUAAUAGUUUAUGCUGCUCAUGGUUUGCGUGGACUGUCUUGUCGUUUAGGAAGAACUAUCCUCGUUUCCUCAUUACCAUACGAAAGUGGCAUCAUUGUUUGUGCUGGUGGCAGAAUAGUACUGUGCUGUUGCCAUGGGAGAUAGAGCAAAGAAACAACAUCUACUGGACCAAUUUUUGAAGAAGACUUCUCGUCCAAGUAACACUUCAAACAACCAACAAGAAACUCCUGGCCAAUCUCCAGGAGCUGAUGCCAAGACUUGUCAUCAGAGGAACUCCUCGGACAACCAGCCAGGAACAUCUUGCCAAUCUCAGGAUCCUGAUAUCAAGAAAGAAGCACAUGAUGGAAGCCAUUCCUUCCGAUACCGCUUCGGAUACAAACAAUUCAGGGUUACAUGCCAUAAACAUGGAACGGUCCUGGAUGCACUGCAAACAAUCAAGGCGUUCAAGAACAUGACAAAGGAAAAACAAGGGAUGGAAGUUGUCAUCCAAAGAGAAAAAGAGCCAAGGGCAGCUGUCAGUACACAUUUCCCCUGCCAUUUAAUUGAUAACAAUGAGCUAGUGACAGUCACCUUCAUCAAAGAUCCAGGUAGUGGCAGUUCUUCAUAUACCCAUGGCCAUUCCAAACAGAGGAACAAAAAUAAAAUGCAACCUGGCAAGUUGAUGACUUUCAAUGUUAAAACUAGGGGUGGAAAAACUAUUAUAAGGAAAGUAAUAAGAAACCCAGAGCUAAGGAAGAAAGUGACAUAUGUUUGUGUGUACGCAUACAAAGGGGAAAAGGUGAAGCAAGCCUUGAGGAGAGAUGGGCGAUUUGCUGAAACCGUCUUCAGAAAACGCUGUCUUCUUUCUGAGUCAGAGAUGGAUGUCAUCACAGAGAUGUCCCAGCCAGUUGAUGGUCUUGAUGGGAAAAUGUUGGUUGUGACUGCAGAUCUUGUCGGUGGUGUAUCUCAGUCACAAGAUAGUCUUGAGGAUUUUGGCAACACGCCAACUGAAGAGCUGUCCGAACCCCAUGGUGUAACAUCAGAAGCAGGGCUCUCUCCUCAGCAUCCUACUACACCAGACACAGUUAAAACAAAGUUGCAGUCAACGGAGGCGGGAAAAGAUGGUAGAUCUCUGAUGGAGAAGCAAAAAUGGCGUGAGAUUCCAAACUCUCAAGAGAUCCUAAACACCCUGCGUUCCCAGUAUGCAGGUUUGGUCAAUCACAUGAAAGACAGAGAGAAGUUGAAAAAGCCUUCAGACGUGCAACAAUUCUUAAGAGUAGAGUUUGGAAAGAAAACACAGAGCUUCCAAGAGAUUAAAAAACUGAAGAGGCUAAUAGAGCUGAGUGCUUCUGUUUGUCUGGUGAUCAUUAAAGGGAAAGCAACAGGAACUGGCUUCCUUCUGUUUGACAAGUUCAUCCUUACAAACGCCCAUGUUGUCCAGGAAAUCUAUGAGCAAAUCACAAACAAGCUGCAACAAUCAGUAACAGUCACGUUUGACUUUGAAGACCUGGAUGAGAGAACACAAAAUAUACCAGUGAAAAGUGAGGUUGUAGCCUAUGAAAAAGAUGAUUCAGGGUAUAUUGACUUCGCUUUGCUGGAGCUUAGCGCAGAUCCUGACAUCACCUUGCCUUCAGGCUUGCUUGACACCUUCAGCUUUCCAUCUCCAGAAGGUGGAAUCUGCAUCAUCGGCCACCCCGAGUGUGGGGUGAAAAUGAAAGACCCCUGCUUUAUCAUUCCAUAUGGAGAUCGUGAACGAGCUGUAGAAAAACAUGUCAAAGAAAAUGAGGAAUUCUUUCAUGUUAUAAAUAACAGAUAUUUUGAGGAGAAAUGGGACAUCGAGGCACGUCUACCGACGGACACAGAAAGGAUUACCUAUGACACUUGUUUCUUCUACGGUGCCUCUGGCUCUCCAGUCUUCAAUGUGUACUGCCAGCUGAUAGCUAUGCAUACAGGAGGCUACUCCUACGAGGUUAAAAGAAAGAAAACCCAGAGUAUCAUAGAGUAUGCCAUUCCCCUGUCACGCACACUUCAGAGGAUCAUCAUCCAAGCGGUGCGUAGGAAAAGAGUUGAUGUGCUACAGGGAUUCCUGAACCAGGGGAGUUGGCAAUUAGACGUAGUGCUGGAAAGAGUCAAGACAGAGUCUGUUAAUGACAGUCUGUUCACGGCAUUUCAGGAGAAGCUGCAGUUCAACAGUAACACUUCAGCUACAGAUCAGGGAGAGCAGAGAACCUUCUACCAGUUUCUCUUUGAUAGAGUGGAAGCCACAGGAGUGGAAGCCACAGGAGUGGAAGCCACAGGAGUGGAAGCCACAGGAGUGGAAGCCAUAGAAGUGGAAGCCAUAGAAGUGGAAGCCACAGGAGUGGAAGCCACAGGAGUGGAAGCCACAGGAGUGGAAGCCACAGGAGUGGAAGCCACAGGUGUGGAAGCCACAGGUGUGGAAGCCACAGGUGUGGAAGCCACAGGAGUGGAAGCCAUAGAAGUGGAAGCCACAGGAGUGGAAGCCACAGGAGUGGAAGCCACAGGAGUGGAAGCCACAGGAGUGGAAGCCAUGGAGGUGGAAGCCAUGGAGGUGGAAGAUAAUGAGUAAUGACAGUAGUGACAUUUAUACUAUUCUUACAAUCCAUGCUUUUAAUCUAAACUAUAUUAUUUUUAUGUUUUCAUAUGUUAAUUAGUAUGCAUUUCUAUCAGUAUUACAUUCCUCAUAACAGACCUGUUCUUAGUCAGAUCAUGAUUACUUUUGAUGCAUCAUUCAUGUAACCUACUAUUAUUGAAUCAAAUAAACCUGAGAUCUCCAUGGAAAUUAUAGUUUCACCUACGCUAGUCUGACAUGAUU